AUGCGUUUCACAACAGCAUUCGUCAUGGGUUUGGUCGCUAUCGCAAAUAUUGCAGCGGCUAUUCCAAUUUCCAGUGCAGAUAAUGCGCUAGUCAUUCCCUCUCCGAACGAUAAUAUCAAAGAGCGGGAUGCUCAGCAAGAGCCUCACUUAGAUGCUCAGAGAAACAAUAAGCGAGACCCUCAGCGCGAUGGCCAGUGUUACAGUCCCCGGCAAAAGUUUGUAUAA